AUGCCUCGAAAUAUUGAAAUAAAAGCUCGUAUUGAUAGUAAUUUAAAUGACUUAAUUGAACGAGUUCGACCAUUUGCUGAUGGUCCUCCACGUCAAUUGACUCAAAGUGAUACAUUUUUUAAUUGUCCAACUGGUGGUAGACUUAAAUUACGUGUUGAACAAGAUUCUCCUGCUCAAUUAAUCUAUUAUGAACGAAAUGAUACGGCAUCAUUAUCGACUCCUAAACUUUCAACAUAUUCAGUUGCAACUAUAAUGUAUCGAAAAACAUGUUUUCAAUGGGGAUUUUAUGAUCCUCAAAUGGCUGGUUCUAUUGAUGGAACUGAUUUAAUUCCACAUGAUCGUGCUAUAAUACGUGCUUAUAAAUCAAAAUAUAAACCACCGAAUAAUUUUUCUUCAACAUUAUUUAUUGGACAUAUUCCACCAUCAUGUACUGGAGAUGAUUUAAAACAAAUCUUUCCUACGGCAACUCAUAUUGAUCUUAUUCGAGAUAUUGUUACACGAGAAUCGAAAGGUUAUGCAUUUCUUACUGGACAAAUUGAUAGAAAAAAAGAUUAUAAAUUUAAUGGACAUUUAUUAUUAAUAGAAGAUGUUGCAUCAAAAAAACUUCCUGGUUGGAAACCAAGACGAUGUGGAGGUGGAUUAGGAGGAAAAAAAGAAUCAGGACAAUUAAGAUUUGGAGGAAGUCAAAGAUCAUUUAAACAACCAUAUUAUCUUAAUGAAAAUAUUAAACAACGAUGGAAAUAUUUAGAAAAACAAUGUGAUAAAAAACAAUAA